GGUUUAAGGGCAGGUCGCAGGUGAGUGAAGGAUAACCAGAUGGAGUGGGCAAGCAGAGCGGUGAGUGGAGCUAUGAGAGCAACGAACAACAACACGGUGAUCAACUUGUUCUUGUUCGGAUCGUUUGUGGCGUUGGGCAUCAGGUCGGUGAAUCAACAGAAAGACAUUGAAGGCUUAGAAGCAGAGAAGGAUUCACUUGUUAAGUCUAAUAAAACCCUGAAGAAGACUAUGUGGGAUUGGAAGCAACAACUUUAUGCAGAAGCCUCUGAUGAUUCCUUUCCUGUUCCUCUCUUUAAACUCAAAGCCAUUUAUGGUGAAGCGCCCGUCCGAGCCCAACAAAAUGGUGUAGCUGGGGAGACUGUAAAGGAAGAGUCAAAAUCUUCAGUACCUAAAUUUGUAAUAUGAGAAAUUUUGUAACAAGUUCCUGAAGAUCCUAAGGUUUUUAGAGAAACUUCACCAAAGAGUAUUAUCUAUGUGUGAUCACGUCAAUGUCAGUAGUGUCUAGUGGAACUGCUGCUUCUCAUACACUGUUCUUUUUCAGGGACAAUAUUGUCUUUCUCAAGAACAGUAUUUUGAGUUUAUGAGCUGAUUAUUUGUGUUCCUAGUUCGACAAAACAUGUGUUCAGCAAAGAGAUGCUUUUAAGAUCACUGUCUUCAAGCCCAUGAUCAACAGAUCAAGAAAUGUUCAGCGCUGCUGGUUGACCUGCUUUUAUUUCCUCACUCAUAUAUUAGGAGGUUCUCUUUCUCAGUAUAUGACAAAAAUUAUUGACAAUAUCAGAUACUUGAUCCAACAUAAAAUUUUGCUCUUCCUAAGGGCAAAUCUGUUCAUUUUACCAUUUU